GACACAGAGUCUCUCCAAGGUACAGUAUGGGUAUUUCUCGGUCAUCCCGGCACAAACGCUCUGCCACCGGCGCUCAGCGCCCCGCCUACCGCAAGAAGAGAAAGUUCGAGCUCGGCCGUCAGCCUGCCAACACCAAGCUUGGCCCUAAGCGCGUCCACACCGUUCGUGUUCGUGGUGGUAACCUGAAGUACCGUGCUCUCCGUCUCGAUACUGGAAACUUUGCUUGGGGUUCGGAGCACUGCGUGAGGAAGACCCGUAUCAUCGCUGUGGUGUACAACGCAUCCAACAAUGAGCUUGUCCGUACGAACACCCUUGUGAAGGGUGCUAUCAUCCAGGUGGACGCAACACCAUUCAGGCAAUGGUAUGAGCAGCACUACGCCCAGCCUGUGACCAAGAAGGGCAAGCAGUCCGAGGCUUUGUCAGAGGAGCACAAGCGCUCGAACCAUGUCCAGCGUGUGGUCGAGUCCCGCAAAGAGACGGCCAAGAUCGAUCCUGCUUUGGACAGUCAGUUCGCUGCUGGCCGUCUGUAUGCUUCUAUCUCCAGCCGUCCCGGUCAGAGUGGUCGCUGUGAUGGUUACAUUCUUGAGGGGAAGGAGCUUGAGUUUUACGUGAGGAAGUUGAGGGCUGGCAAGUCGAGGCACGGAUGAAGGGUGACGCUGUUGUUGUGCUGGUCGUGGUUGGCAUGUGCCGCUGCGUUGCUGUGUAUCAAUGCCGUCCGUACGCGACGUAAAAGGUAGUUCAUCCUCUGUUCUACACAUAUGAACUAUGGCAUGGCAUAUUCUACUCUCGUGUUCUUGCAAGUGCGAAUUGUUAAGCAUAAGAUGAAAGG